CUGCAGUUCUAGUGAUUCGGAGGCAGUGAGAUUCCAAAGACCUUAGCUUGUCACUCCUCGCAGUCGUCUCCCCACAACCUUGCUACAUCUCGACCCAAUCCUCCGUCCACGAUCCCAACUUCACGACCGGUACAAUGGCCGAAUCUCACCCGGUGGGCGCUCCGCCCGAGGAGCAACUGGAGUCAGAGUCCGAUGUCGAAGAACAGCACCACGAUGAAACUACAGAAAGCACUCAAGACGCAGCGGGCACAGCAUCUGGAGAGGCGAAGAAGAAAAAGAAGAAGUCCAAGAAGUCCAAACUCGUCUCUACCAUCACCGGCAAAAAGUCCCCCGAAGAACCUACAGACCCCUCCAAACCCGCCGCCAACUUGAGCAGCGACUCACUAAAGACUCUCCUUGACAUGAACCCUGCCCUUAAAGGCGAGCUGUCGGGUCUAUCUCCUGAGAAAGCAAAUGAGUUGCUCAAGAAGAUGGAUGUGUCACAAUUGCUGAGUGGACUGUCAUUGUCGGGGAAAAACCAAAAGGACAUGGCCUCUUACAAAUUCUGGGCAACCCAGCCUGUGCCGCGCUUUGACGAAAAGGCAGGGAAGGACAAACCAGAUGGCCCGAUCAAAGAGGUGAUCCCGGAAUUGGUGCCAAAGACGGCCGCACCUCUGCCUGAAGGGUAUGAGUGGGUGGAACUCGACUUGACCAACGACGAAGAGAUCAAAGAGGUCUACAAGCUUCUCUCACUACACUAUGUCGAGGAUGACCAUGCCAUGUUUCGCUUCAAUUAUUCCGCCGUCUUUCUGGACUGGGCUUUGAAGUCGCCUGAUUGGAAGAAGAGUUGGCACGUUGGCGUCAGGGCAAAGGGGCCAAGCCGACUUCUCGUCGCAACCAUCUUUGGCAUCCCGAUCAAGUUGAGGAUACGGCAACAUGUCCUCGACGUGGUGGAAAUCAACUUCAUGUGCGUUCACAAGAAGCUGAGAUCGAGAAGACUGGCGCCCGUGCUCAUCAAGGAGGUCACGCGCCGCUGCCAUCUGGAGGGCAUAUACCAAGCCAUCUACACCGGCGGCGUUGUCUUACCCACACCGGUAGGGAGCUGUCGAUACUUCCACAGAAGCCUUGACUGGUUGAAGCUGUACGAAGUCGGCUUCUCUCCUCUGCCUCCCAACAUGACCCAAGCCAAGAUGAUUGCUCGGAACCAGCUACCUCCAAACACCAGCACCCCCGGGUGGCGAAAGAUGGAGGAGAAAGACGUGGAUGCAGUCCAUGAUCUGCUGUCGCGGUACCUUGAACGAUUCGACCUCGCCCAAGUAUUCUCAAGAGCCGAGAUUGUACAUUGGUUCCUCAACCGGGAGAAGCCAGAGAAUCAGGUCGUGUGGUCGUUCGUGGUCGAAGACACGGAUGGCAAGAUCACAGAUUUUGGGAGCUUCUACUGCCUCGAAAGCAGCGUGAUUGGUGAAAUGAGCAAGAAGCAUGACAAAGUCCGGGCUGCCUAUCUUUAUUACUAUGCAACCGAGCAGGCGUUCAACCCCAAGGAGAAAGGCUUGAAGGAGAGACUGCUGCAGCUGGGCCAGGACCUGCUGAUCGAGGCCAAGAAGGCCAAAUUCGACGUCUUCAACGCCCUCACACUCCACGACAAUCCCAUGUUCCUGGAACAGUUGAAAUUCGGCGCCGGCGAUGGGCAGUUGCACCACUACUUGUACAACUGGCGCACCAAGCCGAUCAACGGCGGCAUCAACGCCAAGAACAUGCCUGAUGAGAGUAAACGAGGCGGGAUCGGCAUUGUGCUUUUGUAACGGUUGUGCGACCCGAAUGCGGAGACGCAGAUGGAGCAAGCAGUGUCCGGACUUGUCUAGCUGGCAGAACGUUGCAAUCCUUAGAGAAGCUGUUGUUAGCAUAAAGCGUCGAUCAGUGCUGCAAUGCAACGUGCGCUAUUAAUGCAUGAUGUUAUGGUCCAUUCUCCCAUAUGCAAGUGGGUUGACAGCUACAAUCGAGACGUAGGAGGACCAUGAUUUGGCAGCGAGAAAGGCUAGAAUGCUUGCUUCGCCGCUUCUUGAACGAGCGGAUGAUUUGGUCCUGGCUAACUGGAUUUUGUUCGGCUAUAC